AAAAUGUGGAUAAAUCAUCAUAAGCGAGCGAUAAACUUACAAAACGACAUAUUAUUAUUAAAAGGCUGCACCGUACUUUUGUGAAAAAAAAAUCGUUAUCAAAUGUAGCAGAGUUAAAGAUAUCUACCACUGUACCUGUUUUUUUCAUUUAUCGUCAUAUUGUAUGUGUGACCUGCUUAAUAUACCGCUUAAUUUGUAGUUGUUAUUGUUGAACUGUUAUACCGCGAAUUUGUAUUUGAGUUAGUUAAUUAACAAACAGAAUGGUAAUGGAUUAUCCCUGAAAAUGCCCCCGCGACUAUCGGCGCGCAGGAUUUUCCUCAUCAUCCUAGUUCUUUUCAGUUUUUCAGUACUAAUCUCAGUACAUCAUCGGUUUUCAUGGAUCCGCAUCGGUAGUGGACCUUCCCUACAAGAAAAUCAAGAUGAUCCAGAAAUUAACGAUAUCGGCGACGAUCCGCCUUCUUCAGGUCGACUUGAAAUAUCCAAUGAGGUUGGUGAGGUUGAAGAACCAACUGCGAAGGAGAACCAAGGCAAACCUUGGUUCAUGAAGGGCGGGACCGAGUUUCCGGGGAACUAUAGAGGACCUCCUAGGUUAUUCCCAGAUCAGGCCGAUGGGGAUAGGAUCGUGGAACAACUUAUGUACGUGCCCGAGGAUUAUCAAGGAUAUGAUACUCCAGAGAAGGUAAUAUUAGCCUACAAUGGACUCGGUGCGUGGGGCCAGAAAUCAGGGUCGGCGUCCUUUCACGGUUGUCCUGUCAACAGGUGUACUUUGACGGACGACAGGAGCAAGGCUGCUGACGUAGAUGCCAUUUUGUACAAAGACCAUUUUAUACAUCCUGGUGUUGCGCGACCUAUGAAACAGAUAUGGAUCAUUUACUUUCUGGAAUGUCCAUAUCACACGCAAAGUGUAAAAUUCGCUGAUCUCAUUAAUUGGACUGCCACUUACAGGCGGGACAGUGAUCUUGUAGCUCCCUACGAGAGAUGGACUUAUUUUGAUCCACAGGUACGCCAGAAGGUCCAAUCGAAAGACUAUUCCGUUAAUAAGACGAAAAAAGUUGCAUGGUUCGUAUCGAACUGCGGAGCCCGUAAUGGCCGUUUAGCGUAUGCCAGAGAACUUGGCAAAUACAUUCCAGUAGACAUAUACGGUACUUGUGGGCCGUUAAAAUGUCCUAGAUCAGAUAGAAAAUGUUUUGAAAUAUUAGAAAGGGAUUAUAAAUUUUAUUUGGCGUUCGAAAAUUCCAAUUGUCGAGACUAUAUAACCGAAAAAUUUUAUGUUAACGGUCUGGGACAAAACGUUCUUCCUAUCGUUAUGGGAGCUCGACCAGAAGACUACCAAAGAAGUGCACCUGAAGGUUCCUAUAUUCACGUAGAUGAAUUCGCCGGUCCUCAAGAACUGGCCGCUUACCUCCACCGACUAGAUAACGAUAACAACUUAUACAAUUCCUACUUCAAAUGGAAAGGCACCGGAGAAUUUAUCAACACAUACUUCUGGUGCCGCUUGUGCGCCAUGAUGCACGCGCCUCAAUCGACACAGCGGCACUACGAGGACGUCAACGAUUGGUGGAGGGGCCCUGGUGUAUGCACCACCAAGUCUUGGAGAAACGCUGAAUUCGUUUAGGCAUCCUUUGGAAGUUUUAGAUCAACCUCUCCGGUGAUAAUAAAACGACGUGAUCGAUUAAUUAUUGAACCGUCCUCGUAUAGUUAUGUUUAGAGUCAGAGGCGGUUUUAACGUUAAUAAAACUAGCAAAUUUCUUAAACUUUGGUUUGUAGUUUACUGGUUAAAAAUAGAGCGAUAGCCAGUUACACAGAUAUUUUCGAGACAGUUAUUGCUUUCUUAAUUGGAACGUCCUUAAAAAUACUUUGUUUGGUUCUUUAAUAUAUAGUUUCUCCAUUCUUUCUAACUGUGUAUGGUUUAUUGUAAUAAUGCUAAUGAUAAUUAUUUGUGUCUUCUUAAAGUUUAGUUAGGCCAUAUUAUUUAUUUAGUCUUCUUACAAUUUAGUGUUACAAGUCUCUACAACAUUAUGCAUUAUCCUUUGGAGCCGCUGUGCACAUCUGCCAGUAGGUACAUAAUGCUGUAUCUUCUGCGCAUAUCUAAUAUAUCUAGUAUACAGGGUGAGGCAGAUAAAAGUCCUAUUAGAAAUAUCUCGAGAACUAAAGGAAACAGAAUUAUGAAAAUUGAAAUGAAGGGGUUUUGAAGAGUGAUCUCUUUAGUGAAAAUUUUCAUCGAUUUGCUACUUCCGGUUAUACCGGAAGUGGCUUAUAACUUCGUUUUUUUAAAUGGAACAUCCUGUAUAUUUUUACAUUUUUGGAUUCUCCUCGUUGUCUUCUUUCUUAAAAUAUGAGGUUUUGUAAUGUUAUACAGGGUAGUUUAAAAGAUAAUUACGUUUUUUUUUCUCAAUAUCGUAGCAACAUUCACACCCUGUAGAAUUGUAGUAGUUUGACAUCAAAAACUCUAUUUAUGUUCAAAUGAUUUUUAAUAUAGUCUACUAUUCUUAAAAAUUGUUAGUAUAGCUAAAUGUUGAAUUGUACUAUACAGGGUUGGUCAAAACUCGGUAAGAGUAUUUUCUGAGUUUUCUUAAAUGGAACACCCUAUAUUUUAUUAUUGUAAUGAAAUGAUAUUUUAUGCUACUUUUUUAUUUCUUAAGCAUUCCCUAUACCUAACUGCUUUAAUUUGUGAGUUAUUGGUGAUUCAAGCCAAACAUUAAUUUCAACAAAAAAUACGUGAAAUUUUAUUAGGUUGGACGUGAAAAUAUUCAAUAACAAAUAAUUUUUCGGAAAUAAAUACAUACUAAUUUAGACUGAUCUUUAAAAUUGCCAAUAAUGGUUGAGCUAUCAAAAUACCUACGUAGUUAACAUUCUUGGCGCGAUUAACAACUAAGCACAAAUUAAAGCAUUUAGGUAUAGGGAAUGUUUAAGAAAUAAAAAAGUACCAUAAAAUGUCUUUUCAUUGCAAUACUAAAAUACAGGGUGUUCCGUUUAAGAAAAUUCAGAAAAUCCUCAUUCCGAGUUUCGACCAACCCUGUAUACUAAAAUUUAACAUUUAGCUUUACUAAUAAUUUUUAAUAAUAGUAGACAAUAUUAAAAAUCAUUUUAACAUUAAAAAAGUUUUUGAUAUGCAACUACUACAAUUCUACAGGGUGUGAAAGUUGCUACGAAAUUAAUAUAAAAACGUAAUUAGCUUGUAAACUACCCUGUAUAACAUUACAAAACCGCAUAUUUUAAGAAAGAAGACAUCGAGUAGAAUCUAAAAAUGUAAAAAUAUACAGGGUGUCCCAUUUAAAAAAACGAAGUUUUAAGCAACUUCCUUUUAAUUUUCAUGAUUCUGUUGCCUUUAGUUCUCUAAAUAUUUCUAAUAGGCCAGUUAUCUGCCUCACCCUAUAUAAGUUGGCCAUUUACUGCAUCCAUCUGAUUCGUCCAAGUUUUCUCUAAAGAUGUUUUCAGGGUAUAUUUUAAAUGAUGCUGGUGAAAAUUCAUUUUCGAAUCUCACUCUUGCUUUUUGUUGGAGAUAUAAGUUUGAGAUCAUUCUUAUAUCCUUUCCAUCGAGUCUUGAUGUUUUUAGGAUACCAAUUAUUUUCCUAUGCGGUACUUUGUCAAAUACGUUCUCAAAAUCAAUGAAACAUGCAUACACAUCGCAGUUAACAUCCCUAGCUCUCUGUAUUAGUAUUGCAAACUUAAAAGUGCUUCCCUCUUUCCGAGUCCUGCUCUGAAUCCAAAUUGAACUUCACUUAUUAUGUGCUCUUCUAAUGGACUGUGAUAGUCUGAAAAGUUUCCAAACAAAGCAACAAUUCACACGUGGUGUUUGUUUUGGUUUUUAUAAUUAGAAUAUAUUGCUUGUAAGAUGUUUAAUUCUUAAAAGAAUGGUAAUGUGUUGGGUACCCGUAAUUGUAAUCAAUGCUCAUAGUAUAUUUCCCACCAUAUUUCCAUAUAGGACUGGUUAAGAACCUGAAGAUACGCAGUAAGUACUAUGUAGUGUGUAAAUCCUUGAUUUUUGUAAGGACAUUUAUAAAAUUAAAAGCAAUAUGAUUGAUAUGACUAACAAGGAUUGUGUCUUUAGAAAAAAUGAGCAGAUGAUUGUUAAAACAAAAUAAAAUUAAAAAUGAUUACACAAAUCACGUGUAUAAACAAUUCUCAGACGUCAAACUUUUGCUUUGUUUGGAAACUUUUUGACGUUUUCACGUCACACUAUCACGGUCCAUUUGGUGUUUAUGUCCGAUUACCGAUAUAAAAAUAUUCCUUGUAUAUUUAACAUACAGUAUGGUGCAAAUGAAAGGAAUAAAUUCGAUAUUUCGUAAACCGGCGACUUUAAGGAAAAAUCUCGAAAUAGGUCGAUUUUUAUUUUUAAAUUAUGAUAUUGUGGCAUACAUAUCAUAUGAGUGAAGUCAUCUCUCUGGGCGUGAUGACGUCAGUGAUGAUUUUCUUAAAUAGAAUAGGGGUCGUGUGCUAGCUCACUUGAAAGGUUAUUCAAUUAUCUAUUCAGUAAUAUAAACAAUAACCUAAUUAUUUAUACAAGGUGGCCAAAAAACAGUUUUUUUGAAUUAAAUUAAUUCACAAAAAAAGAAGAAUGUAUGUAAUUUAUUGGUUUUCAAAAUACAUUUUACUGUUGCGAGAAAACAGAAAAAAUGUUUAUUUCACAAAUAAACAUUGCUUUUCGCUUAAAUUCAAUGUUCAAGCCUGCUCCCGCCGGCCACCUGCGUCUUGGAAGUUUGAACAUUAAAUUUAAGCGAAAAGCAAUGUUUAUUUGUGAAAUAAACAUUUUUUUCUGUUUUCUGGCAACAGGAAAAUGUAUUUUGAAUUAAAUAGAUUACAUACCUUCUUCUUUUUUGUGAAUUAAUUCAAAAAAAAAUUGUUUUUGGUCACCCUGUAAAAAUAAUUAUAUUAGUUUAUAUUACUGAAUAGAUAAUUGAAUAACCUUUCAAAUGAGCUAGCACGCGGUCUCUAUUCUCAUUUUAAAAAAUCAUCGAUGACGUCAUCACGCCCAGAUGGAUGACGUCACUAGUAUGAUAUAUAUGCCAAAACAUCACAAUUUCAAAAUAAAAAUCGACCUGUUUCAGGAUUUUUCCUUAAAGUCGCCAACUUAUGAAAUAACGAAUUUAUUCCUUUCAUUUGCACCAUACUGUAUAUUAUAUUCAGUUCUUAUAGUUCCUACUCUGUAAUCUGUAUCAUUGCGCUGCGAUCUCGAAGCGCACCAGUGGUGGCGUCAAAAACUGAGUAAUUUAAUUAUAAUAAUAUUCUAGACUUAUAGCAGAUGGAAAGUUUCUUUGUAUUGCCUGACUGGCUGGCUGCUUCAUAUAUGUCAAACGAAUGACGCUUGAAAAUUAUUUAUAAAUUGUCGAAUUUUCAAAUCUACAAAUAUUUUUCAUACAAAGGUAUUCAUAAACAUUAAUAAACUCACAUUUAUACGUUUUUUCGGCGAUCUAAUACUUAACACUGGUUGUAGAUGUACAUAAAUACUUAACACUGGUUGUAGAUGUAUGUACAUAAAUUAUAAUACAGUGUCAGAAAAUGGGUGCAAAUGGGUAUCGUUCUUAUUAAAUAAAUAAUAAAAUUAAAUAAUUAAAACAAAGAUAGAUAAAAAAAUUAAAAAUCUUAUACCUAUAAAUAAGGAAACACAUCCUCAAAAAUAUUUGAAAAUAUUUAUUUUUAUAUUUAGGCAAAUGGUUUAUAAGAAAUAGCCAAUUUCAUUUACUUCCGAAGCGUAUAACGUAUUUAGAGAUAUUAACUACUACAUUUUAUAAAUGUUUUUAUAUUUUAUAUUUGGCGUUUCAAAUAUAUUUGUUUUAUUUCUAGUCAAAAUGAGUUCUCAAAAUACAAAUUAAAUAUUCUUGUUGUACAAUAACUUGGCUAUACUCAUAAUAUAAUAAUAAUAUAAUAGGUAAUAUAAAAAUGUCACACAUAAAUUGUUUCCAAACGUAUUAAGGAAUUGAUUAAUAAUAAAGUAAUAAAAUUAAAUAGAAUUAAAAAAAAAUUAAAUUAAAAUAAGCACAAAGUAAAUCACACAGUCGCUGCCUAUUAAAAAUCAAUACCUACCUUCUUCUUCUGCUUAACUGGCUUUAGGGCUUGCGGUGAAUCUACGCCGCACACACUAUAGCCCUCCAUCUUAUACGAUCUUGCUCUUCCAUUUCCCAUUGUUAUGCCCCAAUCCUACAUAAUUCGGCUUCAACAUUAUCCUGUCAUCUUCUUCUACGACGGCCUACUGAUCUGGUCUGGUUUCUCAAAAAACACUCUUACAUCUUAUCACAUGAUCUGUCCAUUUUAUCCGGUUAGCUUUUAUUAUGUCUGACGAUGUUUUCAGUACCAUACAGAGUCAACAAUUCAGCCUUGGCGCGCCGUCUUCACUCUCCUAUUAAUUCAUCCCUUUGAGGCCAAAUAUCAUUUUGAGAACCUUCCUUUCAAAUACCAGCAGCUUAUUUAUUUUCCCUGGAGUCCAUGUUUCACUUCCAUUAUAACAACUGGACGAAUAAUUGACAUGUCCAGUCUUAAUUUAGAUUUUUGUUUUAGCAGCUUAGGUCUUAAUAAUGAUGAUAGGGAGUAUAAUACUGUAUUAUUCUCAGCUAUCCUUGCUGAGACCUCUAUUUCUAUGUGGUUGUUAUCUGUGUUUACUGCCCUCAGAUAUUUAAACUCUAUUACUAUUUCUAGUUGUGGUUAUUAAUAUUUAUGUUCUGCCUAACUCUUGGUCUUGGAUUUUUGGUUACUAGCAUGUAUUUCGUCUUCUCUUUAUUUAUUCGAAGGCCUAGACUACAUGUUCCUGUUUCUUCAUCGAGUUGGGAAAAUACCUCUCUCAUAUAUCUCUUGUAGAAAGAGCGACUGCACCUAGAUCAUUAGCAAAGGCCAACAAUAGUUUUGAUUCUCGAUUCGCAAAUCCCCCUGCCAGCUCAGAUUAUAUUUUAAUUAUUGCACUUUCUAACGCUAAAUUGAAUAGCAAUGGUGAUAAGAGGUCUCCUUGUCUAAGUCCUGAUGUUUUACUAAAUGGCAUCGGUGUUCCUUUUUUUUACAUAUUCAUAUGAGUCUGUCAAAUUAGCUCCACUAAUUUUCUAGGUAUUCCCAUUUCUAGCAUUGCUAGCCAUAGUCUACUUCUUUUUAUCGAAUCAUAUGCUUGCUGUAAAUCUGCGAAAAUUGGGUGUACGGGGUUAUUCACUAUAUUUUGACCCCCCUGUAAUAGACUAUUUAUAAAUGAGAAUAGGGGUUGUGUGCUAGCUCAUUUGAAAGGUUAUUAAAUUCUCUAUUCAGUAAUAUAAACAUUAAGAUAAUUAUUUAUAAAGGGUGUACAAAAAAAUUUUUAAUUAAAUUAAUUGACACAAAAAGAAGAAUGAAUGUAAUUUUUUUUAAUUCAAAAUACAUUUUACUGCUGUCAUUAAACAGAAAUAAAUGUUUAUUAAACAAAUAAACAUUACUUUUCACUUAAAUUCAAUGUUCAAGCUGUCACCCAUCUGCCUCUUGGCAGUUUGAACAUUGAAUUUAAGCAAAAAAGCAAGGUUUAUUUGUGCAGUUAACUUUUAUUUCUGUUUUCUAACAGCAGUAGAAGAUAUUUUGAAUUAAAUAAAUUACAUACAUUCUUCUUUUUGUGUCAAUUAAUUUAAUUCAAAAAAAAAUUUCGGACCCCCUGUAUAAAUAAUUAUCUUAAUGUUUAUAUUACUAAAUAGAGAACUAAAUAAUCUUUUAAAUUAGCUAGCACACGACCCCUAUUCUCAUUUAAAAAAAUAGUCGAUUACAACAUGAAAGCCGCAUGGAAAGUCGCCUAGAAUAUCUUCUGAGCCUCUAUAGCAAGAUAAUUGAUGGAAUUUUAUAUGCUGUGCUAAUAAGCGAUAUGCCUCUAUAGUUUCGAAAUUGUUCUUUGCUCUGCUGAUGAAAUCGUAAUACAUAGUAUUGAUUGGCGCUAGUGACAUAUAUGAUAUGUCUGAUGACGGCGCCGAUCGGUGCCACACUUAACGAACACCAUAUUAAUAAGUUACCGAGACAGUUAACUGUUUAUAUUCACUUUGCGCAUGCGUGGAUAUGAAAUGUUUUCAAAACUAUUAACACGAAUAUUAUAUGAGGAUGAAAAAAGUUACCAUUUAUAAUAAACUUUUAGAAAUAAGUGUCUGUGAAGUAUGUAGAAUGGAAUUGUUAGUUUAUUACCUACGGAAAAUGUUAUGAUCAUACUAUGUCGUUUAAAUUUAAAAAAUCUAAAACUUCUGAUAUAUGUUUAGACGCACACACUUGAGUAUAUACACAUGUCAUAAGUUAUAAUAAUUUAUUACUGUUGUUUUUGUUGGGAUUGUAUAUUAUAGACGAUAAUUUAUUAAGUUUUUAUUAUA